AUGGCCAUAAAAGCCUACCGGGACAUUGAGGCCGGCGAAGAGAUUACCGUUUCUUACCUCCUCUUGGGUAUCCCAUUUCAAAAACUCGACGAACGCCAAGCCUCCGAUCUUCGCCGCACAAUGAUCACACAGGCCGAGGAAAAGAUUAUGGAGCUAGCGAAGGCCUACAAACUCGAUGAAGCUAUAGCUCUCGCGGAGGAAUCCGUUGAACUGAUCAAAGACGAAGGAGUCUGGUCGAUGUUGACCGAUGAGUAUGCCAUGUUAGCUAUGCUGUGGUUGGAGAAGGGCGAUAGGGGAAAAGCGGAAGCGUAUGGUGGGAAGACGCAUAGGCUGUUGUCUGAUCUCGGGUUUUUAGGUAUUGGAGAAGACAGGGACGCGUGGAAAUUGGAGACCCUCUUAAAGAAUAUCGGAGGUUUGGGAGGGAUGGGUCAGCUUUGGAAGAAGGGCCCUUUGAGAGGGUAA